AUGUCCCCGUUCUUGGACAGCAUCGCCACCAUCGUCGGCGUCUUCCAGCAGCACGCCCGGGGAGAUGGGGACGGCUCCGGGCUCAGCCGCAGGAGGAUGAGGGAGCUGAUCCAGAGGGAAUUCGCAGAUUCCCUGGUGAAGCCACACGACCCUCAGACCAUCGAGAAGAUCCUGCAGUUCCUGGAGUGGGAUGGGGACGGGAACAUCGAUUUCAACGAGUUCCUCCUCCUGGUGUUCCGGGUGGCCAAGUGCUGCUUCUGGUUCCAGCCAAGGGCCCCGUUCCUGGUGCAGAGGACGAAGCUCCCGACCGGAGGAAAAUCCCAGCGGGAGCCGGAAUUCAGGAGCAGAGGGAGCCGCCGGCAGCUCCAGGAGGAGGAGGAGGAACGACAAACCUGGGAGAGAAAUCGUGAAGCUGAGCUGCAAGGAGACCUCAGGGUCAGGGAGGUGGAAAUCUCGGAGGAAACGAGAGGAAAGGAGAGCCGGAGAAGGCAGCAGCCCCCGGAGCAGGACAGACGGGAGGCAGAGAGGAGAGACCUGGAGGAUGAAGUGGCAGACGUGAGCACGGGCAGGCAACGCCGAGAACCCCAAGCACGGCCGGACCGGUGGAGCCGCCAGGAGCCAGGGCGUGAUGAAAGAACCCGGCGGCCACGAGGAGCAGAUGGAGAAGGAGACAAUCGGCCACGGGAACCCGAAUUGCUCCGGGAAGAGAGGAGCCGCCACCGCCGGCGUGAGCUGGAACAAAGAGAGCUGGAAGGGAGAAGGUGCCGGGCGGCUGAGCUGGAAUGUCCGGAGUCCAGGCGGCCACAUCAGUCGUACCUGGAGGAACCGUUAGAGAUCGACCUCGGGGAAUGUGGGAGAGCAGAGCCAGAGGAACGCGGCUACAGACGGAGAACAGAGCGGGAACGGGAGCUGGAGUCUGCGGAAAGGGAAAGGGAGAUCCGGGAGGAGCAGGAGAGGGGGGAAAGAGACGAUCCCAGAAGAAAAGGGAGAAUGAGAGAGAGAAGAGUAGAUCAGGAACGGGAGCUGGAGGUGGAGGUGUCUGAGCGCAGGACAAGGGAAAGGGAGGAAGAAGUGGCCAUAGUCGGCCAGAGAGAGACACGGGACAGACGAGAGCGAGACAUCCGUGAGAUUGAAGCUGAUGGAACAAGACAGAGAGAAACCCUGAGGUACGAGAGGGACAGAGAGAUCUCAGUGGCAGCAGCAGAAGCCGAUGUCAAAGUGCGGCGUGAGAUCCGGGAACGAGGUGAGGAGCUGAGAAGGAGAGAACGUCCCUGUGAGCGUGAGGAGGAAGCAGAGCCAGAGAGGAGAAUUUCCCGGGUCAGAGAGAGGGAAGAGGUCGUAAGGGAGAGGAGAAUCGACCGUGAACGGGAACUGGAGGUGUCUGAGCGCCGGGCACAGGAAAGGGAGGAUGAAGAGGCCACAGUCGGCCGGAGAGAGACACGGGACAGACGUGAGCGAGAAAUCCGUGAGAUUGAAGCUGAUGGAAGGAGAGAACAAGAAGUGUAUGACAGGAGAAGAGAGAUCUCAGUGGCGGCAGCAGAAGCCGAUGUCAAAGUGCGCCGUGAGAUCCGGGAACGAGGGGAGGAGCUGAGAAGGAGAGAACGUCCCCGUGAGCGUGAGGAGGAAGCAGAACCAGAGAGGAGAAUUUCCCGUGUCAGAGAGAGGGAAGAGGCCCUGAGGGAGAGGAGAAUCGACCAGGAACGGGAACUGGAGGGCUCUGAGCGCCGGACACGGGAAAGGGAGGAAGAAGUGGCUGCCAUUGGCCGGAGAGAGACACAGGAGAGACGAGAGCGAGAAAUUCAUGAGAUUGAAGCUGAUGGAAGGAGACAGAGAGAAUCCGUGAGGUACGAGAGGGACAGAGAGAUCUCAGUGGCAGCAGCUGAAGCCGAUGUCAAAGUGCGCCGUGAGAUCCGGGAACCACGAGAGGAGCUGAGAAGGAGAGAACGUCCCUGUGAGGAUGAGGAGGAAGCUGAUGGAACAAGACAGAGAGAAUCACUGAGGUACGAAAGGGACAGAGAGAUCUCAGUGGUGGCAGCUGAAGCCGAUGUCAAAGUGCGGCGUGAGAUCCGGGAACGAGCUGAGAAGGAGAGAACGUCCCGUGAGCGUGAGGAGGAAGCAGAGCCAGAGAGGAGAAUUUCCCGGGUCAGAGAGAGGGAAGAGGCCCUGAGGGAGAGGAGAAUCAACCGUGAACGGGAACUGGAGGUGUCUGAGCACCGGGCACGGGAAAGGGAGGAUGAAGAGGCCACAGUCGGCCGGAGAGAGACACGGGACAGACGUGAGCGAGAAAUCCGUGAGAUUGAAGCUGAUGGAAGGAGAGAACAAGAAGUGUAUGACAGGAGAAGAGAGAUCUCAGUGGCAGCAGCAGAAGCCGAUGUCAAAGUGCGCCGUGAGAUCCGGGAACGAGGGGAGGAGCUGAGAAGGAGAGAACGUCCUCGUGAGGAUGAGGAGGAAGCAGAACCAGAGAGGAGAAUUUCCCGGGUCAGAGAGAGGGAAGAGGCCCUGAGGGAGAGGAGAAUCGACCGUGAACGGGAACUGGAGGUGUCUGAGCGCCGGGCACGGGAAAGGGAGGAAGAAGUGGCUGCCAUUGGCCGGAGAGAGACACAGAAGAGACGAGAGCGAGACAUCCGUGAGAUUGAAGCUGAUGGAAGGAGACAGAGAGAAUCACUGAGGUAUGAAAGGGACAGAGAGAUCUCAGUGGCAGCAGCAGAAGCCGAUGUCAAAGUGCGCCGUGAGAUCCGGGAACGGGAACCACGAGAGGAGCUGAGAAGGAGAGAACGUCCCUGUGAGGAUGAGGAGGAAGAGAGGAGAAUUUCCCGGCUCAGAGAGAGGGAAGAGGCCCUGAGGGAGAGGAGAAUCGACCGUGAACGGGAACUGGAGGUGUCUGAGCGCCGGGCACGGGAAAGGGAGGAAGAAGUGGCUGCCAUUGGCCGGAGAGAGACACAGGACAGACAAGAGCGAGAAAUUCGUGAGAUUGUUGAUGGGAGAAGACAGAGAGAAUCCGUGAGGUACGAGAGGGACAGAGAGAUCUCAGUGGCAGCAGCAGAAGCCGAUGUCAAAGUGCGCCGUGAGAUCCGGGAACGAGGGGAGGAGCUGAGAAGGAGAGAACGUCCCCGUGAGCGUGAGGAGGAAGCAGAACCAGAGAGGAGAAUUUCCCGGGUCAGAGAGAGGGAAGAGGCCCUGAGGGAGAGGAGAAUCGACCAGGAACAGGAGCUGGAGGUCUCUGAGCGCCGGACACAGGAAAGGGAGGAAGAAGUGGCUGCCAUUGGCCGGAGAGAGACACAGGAGAGACGAGAGCGAGAAAUUCGUGAGAUUGAAGCUGAUGGAAGGAGACAGAGAGAAUCACUGAGGUAUGAAAGGGACAGAGAGAUCUCAGUGGCAUCAGCAGAAGCCGAUGUCAAAGUGCGCCGUGAGAUCCGGGAACCACGAGAGGAGCUGAGAAGGAGAGAACGUCCUCGUGAGGAUGAGGAGGAAGCAGAACCAGAGAGGAGAAUUUCCCGUGUCAGAGAGAGGGAAGAGGUCGCAAGGGAGAGGAGAAUCGACCAGGAACGGGAGCUGGAGGUGUCUGAGCGCCGGACACGGGAAAGGGAGGAAGAAGUGGCUGUCAGAAACCUGAGAGAGACACGGGACAGACGUGAGCGUGAAAUCCGUGAGUUUGAAGCUGAUGGAAGGAGACAGAGAGAAACCCUGAGGUACGAGAGGGACAGAGAGAUCUCAGUGGCAGCAGCAGAAGCCGAUGUCAAAGUGCGCCGUGAGAUCCGGGAACGGGAACCACGAGAGGAGCUGAGAAGGAGAGAACGUCCCUCUGAUGGAACAAGACAGAGAGAAUCACUGAGGUACGAGAGGGACAGAGAGAUCUCAGUGGCGGCAGCUGAAGCAGAUGUCAAAGUGCACCGUGAGAUCCGGGAACGAGGUGAGGAGCUGAGAAGGAGAGAACGUCCCCGUGAGCGUGAGGAGGAAGCAGAGCCAGAGAGGAGAAUUUCCCGGGUCAGAGAGAGGGAAGAGGCCCUGAGGGAGAGGAGAAUCGACCAGGAACGGGAGCUGGAGGUCUCUGAGCGCCGCAGCCGCCGGGCACGGGACAGCGCGGCAGAAGUGACCGUCACUGACCAGAGGGAGGCACAUGAGGAGAUCCGGCUGGAGGUGCUGGAGGAGGAAGAUGAGGAGGAGCUGGAGCAGGGCCAGUGCCCGUACCAGACCCUGGACGUGGACACCGGUGAUCUCUGCCCCCCGGGACAGGAGGCGCCCAUCAGCGACCUCAGGGUCCGGUACCGCCCCGCUGACCCCGAUGUCCGGCCCGAGGUCCGGCUGCUGCCCGAGCCCGUGGAGCCUCAGACCGUGGCCUACCUGGUGCACGUCAUCCAGAACCUGCAGGACCCCAAGGCCGCCACCUACGAGAUCGUGCGGCACCAGCCCGGCCAGCGGGGCCAGCCCGUGCGCGUGCGGACCUGCUCCGCGUCCCCGCGGCCGCCGAGCGACCGCAGGGGCCGCCCCGAGGCGCCACCAUCCAAACGGCCCCAGGAAAACCUCGAGAAGGGUCUGGAGGAACCCCGGGAAAGAUCCGGACAGGAGGCGGAGGACGGAGCCGUGCGGGAUGCCGGAGCCCUGCGGGAUUCCGGAGCCGUGCGGGAUGCCGGAGCCGUGCGGGAUUCCGGAGCUGUGCGGGAUUCCGCCGAGCCGGAGGCUGCCAAGGGCGAGCGGGUGAAACCCAAGGAGCUGCGGAGGCGCCCCGAGGCCGCUGAGGCGGAGCAGGACCCGCCCCAGGGUGAGGAGCCCCAGAAGGUCCCGCGGGAGCCCCGGCCCGGCUGCGCCCGGAGAGAGCGCGAGGGCGGCGAGGCCAAGAGCGGCGCUGGCCCGGAGCGCCGGGAUGCGGAGCGCAGAGAGCCCGGAGAGCCCCGCGGGCAGGGAGCCCGGGAGGGCGAGGCGGCUCCUGAGCAGGAGCCCAGCAAGAGGAGCCCCCGGGAAGCCGAAAAUCCCCGGGUCUCUCGGGAAGGGGGCGCCAAGCAGGGCCAGGAGCCCCCGCAGGAGACCCCGAGCCACCCCAGGGAUGAAUCCAAGGCGUCCUGA